UCCGCCUCCCUCCCUCGCUCGUCUGGUCGGCCCCCACGUUUCCCUCCCAGCUUCGUCUCCUCCGCACCAAGCUAAGCGAGGAUGGCGUCGUCGGCGUUCAAAUCCACCACCCGCCGCACCCUCCACGGCGCCGCCGACCGCCCCGCGCCACCGCAGCCCCACUGCCCCCGCCGCUCCCGCAGCGUCACCCCCGCGCCCCGCAGCGACCGGGUCCUCACCGACUUCGCCGGCACCACCCGCACCAACCCGCUCUUCGACCGCGGGACCGGGGCCUCCCCUCCGCCUCCGCCUCCGCCCCCGGGGCCCGCUGAGGAGAGAGGGAGGAAGGAGAGCAAGGGUCGCGGCGCGGGGAGGGCGCGCUCGGUGUCCGUCGCGCCGCCACAGCGUCGGCGCGCUGCCGCCUCGGCUGAGACUGAUGGCGGUUGCGGUGGCAGGGCUUCGCGGGCCCGGUCGGCGGCCGAACCGUUCCGGAGCUCCGAGACUGAUGUCGAGACCAGGGAUGUAUCCAGCGAAAUGCAGUCUUGGAGGAGUCAUAAUUCAGUUCCAGGUUCACUGCAGGCCACCAUGUCAGGAAGGAGACAUCCAACUGCCCCAGUGGAACAAGUUCUGGAAAUUCCUCCUGAGUUCGAUCCAGAUUCUGCUGAAUUUGUCUCUGAGAUUAGUGAUUACGCAACAGAAUUCAAAAGGAGAGAUGUUGUGGAAAUUCCUCUGGAGUUUGAUCCAGAUGCUACGGAGCUAGUUUCAGACAAAAGGCACAAUGUGACCAAAUUGCCAUGGGAGGGAAUGGAAAUCCCUCUCGAGUUUGAUCCAGACUCUCCUGAGCUGGUUUCUGACAUCACUGAAUACACAUCAAAACUGAAACAGUCACAUGAACGUGCUCGAAAGCUACGGGCAGAUUUGGCUGUUGAAGAGCAGCGUGAACAAGAACUGAGUCGAGUGCUAAAGGGCAUAGUGACUGUUCCAAGUUUGUCUGAAACACAUAAAAGGCGACCAAAAAGAAAGAGUAGUAUAGAGCGACUGAGAGUGUCAAGGCAUUUGGCUGAAGAGGCAAUGAGUUACUUCGAGGAAUGUGUUUCAAUUUCAACAUUAGAUAGCACUGAUUUCUCCUCACUUGAGGAACCUCAUCAAAAUUCAGUUGGCACUGUCCCACGAAAGACCAACAGUAGAUUUCUCCUGAAAGGGGGGUCCAGCCCAGCUGAUGGACACAGUUAUUAUGAGGAAUCUGAUGGCCAAACCCAGUGCUCAAUGAGCAUGACUGGAUCUGAUGUAUCUGACAGUGUUAUCUUUAGUCAUGCCAAGUCCCCCAGUUUGGGCCCUAGAAACAGUUCUAGUGAUGAUUUUGAUUGCUUUGACUCACCACGAAGCAGAAGUUCUUGUUUCUCUUUCACUCAUGAGCCAGUGAAAGCUGUUGACAGUUGUGAUGUUCAUCAAUAUCUAAGGAGUUUUAGCGGAGUAAUAAGUAAAGAGAGGUCAAAUUAUUGUGCUGAUGACUAUGCUAUCCAGAAAGUGAGUGAGACCAUACUAACAGACAUGGUGGCCUUUAAGAAUCGAAUAGAAUAUGGAGGCCUUGCUCUUUGUAAUGUCAGAACAUUCUGAGAGUUAACGGAGCAAACAGUGCCAGAUGGUAAAAGGACUAAUGUAACUAUCACAGUGUAAUUAUGUACAGUAAGUAUAGGAGUAGCUUUUUUGACUGAAAAGAAAGGUUCAUUGCUUCUGGCCUCUUCACCCAGAUAGUGUGAAGAUGUAUUUCUAAAUCAAAUUGUCUCCUGGUUGAUUAUAAUUAUAUUUUCGGGUGAUGUUGUGAUA